GUCCAACUACGUCAACUUACUCGCAGCCAUAUUCAUUCACCUGAAGCCAGUAGUCUCCGUUAUGACCAACACCCAAAGCCGAUCUGGAGCCGUACCUCCCUUAGUACUACUUACUCAAUAUCUUGGGCACUACUGCGGUACUUUAGGAGAUAUAAUCAUGUUCAGCAUCGUCACACAAAAGUUCGACCCGCCAGACGCACACUCAAGCAAAAAUAAAAUUGGCAGGUUGCAAAAUAAUGUCAAUCAAUUGUCGUGACUGUACAUGCGGUUAUUCGGCACGAGCUUUAAUACGACACGCGCAUCAUAUGCCAGCCAUAUCAGGAGAGUACAAAUAGGCUGCUCUUCCUGAAUGCGACGGUUUGCUUUAUGAAUAACGCAUCACAGCUCCAUAUCCAUUACACAGCGUGAAGAUGUUAUUCCCCUAUAUUCUCGUCGUAAGUGUCUUGUUGAUGCUGUGUCUCUGGUCCUGGUCAAGGAACUCAGCUGGGUUGCCCCUUCCGCCGGGGCCACGUUCACUGCCCUUCCUUGGAAACGUUGGUGAUAUCGACAUGGUGCGUCCAUGGCGUACAUAUAGCGAAUGGAAGAAGAAAUACGGUCCUAUUGUAUCAUGUCGUCUGAUUGGCCAGACCGUCGUCAUAAUCAACUCCGAGAGUAUUGCACGGCAACUCCUUGAUCAGCGCUCAGCGAUAUAUUCUGACCGUCCUGCAGGUCCUGUACCAAAACUUUUGGGCAUAGAUUUCAUCACUGCCUUUCUUCCGUAUGGGGAUACAUUCCGACUUCAUCGACGUUUGUUUCACCAAGCAUUACGUUCUGAUGCAGCAGAUUCUUAUCGAGAUCUCUACUUGGACAAAGCUCUCCAGCUGUCUUAUAACCUUCUUGGCUCUCCUGAGGCGUUCGAGAAGCACCUUUUCUUGUACACAGCUUCGAUUAUCAUGUCGGUAACGUAUGGAUACGAUAAAUUCUCUUGGGAUGGUCCCCCGAUUACAUCUAUCGCCAAACUUGUGGAGUUAAUAAAUGUUGGCCUUCAACCAGAAAGGAGUGCAUUACUCACGGCAUUCCCUAUACUCACGCGACUACCUCCCUGGUUUCCGGGCGCAUCACUCCAACGUAUUGCCCAGCAUACACGGAAGCUAGCACUCGAGUCUAUGAACGAACCAUUUGAAUUCGUAAAAAGGAAUAUGGCCACCGGAGAUGCACCAAAGUCAAUGGUAUCGGAUCUAUUGGGUAAAAUGGACGAGGGCAAGGAGGCCAUUUCAGAACAGGCAGUAAAAGAAGUUGCCUUGACCGUCUUUGUUGCUGGAUUUGAUACGAGCUCUUCCACGUUGUUUACCUUCGUACUAGCGAUGGUUUUGCAUCCUGAGGCUCAGCAACGGGCUCAACAAGAAAUUGAUUCUGUCGUUGGCAUUGAUAGGCUGCCAGAUUUCUAUGACCGACCAUCCUUGAAGUACGUGGAGGCGGUUUUUCGGGAAACCAUUCGUUGGCAUAUCGUCGCACCAGUCGGUCUUCCACAUGCAACGUCAAGUGACGACGUCUUCCAGGGCUAUUUUAUUCCAAAAGGCUCUUUCAUUGUGUCUAACAUAUGGGAGAUGUCCAGAGAAGGACACGAUGAUCCUGAUGUUUUCAGACCAGAAAGGCACUUUGCAAGUGACGGAACACUUUUACCAGACACGAUAGCGGCCAAACCUAUGUGGGGUUUUGGAAGGAGAGGGUGCCCAGGGCGUUUCAUUGCCGAAGCUGCGAUGUGGAGUGCGGUGGUACAUCUCCUUGCAGCGUUCCGAAUGACAAAGGCAAAGGAUGAAGAAGGGAGAGAAAUUGAAGUGAAAGAGAAGUUCACUUCUGGAGUGGUCUGCCGACCCGUGCCAUUUCAAUGUUCUUUUGUCCCUCGAUCAACGGACAGGGAGAAGGCGAUUCGCUUGGGUAGGGCAGGGAUUUGAUUAUUCUAGCGAGCCUUAUAGUAACUCUUCGCAUUAUAUAUUAAUACAUUGUACAUCAUUAUUUUUCGUAGCUACGUCGAUUGUUUCGCUAUCAAACUUUCCUCCGAGUCCGUGAUACUUGGCCGGUAACAUAAUAAUUAACCGUUCGUACGGUGGCAAUCCCAC